AUGUCUCCCUCGCCCCCUAGACAGGGUGCAACAAGGCGCACCCGCGCCGGGAGUAAUCAGCCACAGUCGCGCUUCUCCACACCUGCGCGGCGAACUGGUCUCGCUGCUGUCAACGAUGAUGAAUCUGUCAUGUCUGGCUCUGGGAUGGAUGUUGACGACGAAUCUUCGGAGGUGGUCGAGCGCGGGCUGAGAACAGACACCGUCUUCUCCAAGUCAAAAGAAAUGACCGUUACGUUUUAUGCGCAACUGCCCGUGGAAGUUAAGCAGGCAUUACGGAGUGCUGAUUUUUAUAGGGAUGCAUACACGGGUGAUGUUGACACCCUGACCGGCUUCGCGGUGGUCGCGUCAUUGCGGACUUGUUUCGUGUGGAAGUAUAGCCAGGCGUUGACCGGAACUCCUACUUGCUAUAUAUUCGGCUGCCCUAGGGAGCCCUACCCGCCGCCCAUGGCCACGCCUUUCCAUGCACUCGUUCCGUUUGGCUCCCAAAGAGAGCCCGGCCUCAUUGUCUGUUCCAAUAUAGGCCAAGUGCGCUUCUGGGACAGUAUAGGCAUGGGACUCGCCGGAGGCGACAACUUCUCGUUUUCAGUAUUGUCCCUGGUGGAAGGGGAGAAUGUUACGAACCUCGUCAGAGCAGAUGCGCAGACGUUCAUUGCCUCAACGUCUACUGGCCGACUUUUCCGUCUACUGGUCACCUCUUCUGGCGGCAAAUACCACCUGUCACUCCAUCCAUUUGGUCGUCCACAAUCAAACCUACAGCGGCUGAUUCCAAACUUUUGGUCUGACCCAGAGCAGCAGCCACAACCAGGUUUCAUCAGUGCAGUUGCGGCGGAGGACCUGGCUCGUGACGCUACUGGCAGGCUCGUGUGGGUACUCAUCGACCUGAGAAUACAACAGUGGAACAUGUCCAUCGAAGGCUGGGAGAAGCUAUUGACAGAGGAAGACGUCAGUUCGCAAACCCGGGCAGCUCUCCGGGAACACUUUCCCAAUGCGCCAGAGAGCGACGUGGAAUUGGACCUUGAACUAUUGGACCUGAAGCUACAAGGGCCUGACGACAUGGUUAUGCUCGUCUCAUGGGCCGGCCAGGACGAAGAGGGCGUCGCUACGGAACUCACAACGCACCCAAGACGUGUCUACGCUAUCGUCUACUUGAGGCAUCUUCCCGGUGCUUAUACCGUUACAAAUGUCCGAGCAGUGCCGUAUCAGAGUACCUCGAGCUCUGGCGCGCCAAUGCAUCCUAGGCUGCAAAUCAUCGUUCCCGAGAAACUCAUCGCAAUCCAAUUUGGUGAUGCUGUGACCAUCUGUGCACAAGAGAAUGAGUACAUGGACCGCCUGGAGCUGAAGUCUGCCAUGGACCGUACUUUGGGCCUCGGAGUCAUGAAGGGAGACAGCGAGUUUUUGGUCCUCACGGCCGCUACCAUGAUGAAGACUACUAUCGACCUCGACGAGGUGGCCACGUUCUCCCCGGAGACUGGCCGAGCCAACCUCAUCAAGUCUACUAUGACCAAAGCGAUCCUGUAUGGUUCCCUGUCUGAGAACCCACUACACUUCAGCUUCCCUCCUGAGAUCGACGAGGAAGCGCUGAUGUCCGGUGCCCAGCAGCUCAGUGAGGCCAUUUUGGAGUCCGACACUGAAGUUGUUCGAGCCCAUCACGACUUGCACGCACAGAUGAGUGGCCGGAAGGACAGGCUAAGCUUCCUCAUCAAAUUCAUCAACGACAACUCUGCGUUGGGGAAGAUGUCCCAACGAAGUCGUCAGACCUUAGCGGCCGAUGCUGAGAAACUCUAUGCAGCUCACCAGUUGUGGUUGCGACACAACGACUCCCUCCGGGCCGGACACACGGAUAAUGUUCUCCACGAAGCAGUCUACCGGUACAUGAAUGCACUUGGGGAGGGACACCACGAAGACUGUCUUCGGGCAUUCCUGCGGCUGCGCGUACGAGACCUGGGAGGACUCCUACCGCAAGUCGCAGAGCUCGUCCGACGCUCGUCGUCCGAGAUGGGCGGCAAGACUGCGGAGACCAUCCCACAAGCGAACCAGAUUGCAUUGACGAUCCUGCAAUCCGCUCACAGCUACCGCGAGUACAACCUGGGUGUAUACGGCAUCGUCCUCCCCAUGAUCAACCCUUGGACCAGCCAGAUAGAAAUCGUCGACAUUGUCAACGAGCUAUUCCAACGGACCACUCUACUGGUCGAGACGCCUUCUGGCGACUCGGAGGCGGCGGAAAGCAAGAAGGUGCCUAGGCAACAGCUUCCUGAGCUCGCAGCGUGUUUGUUCCGGUGCAUUCAGGAGCGGCUGGAUUGGUUGGGAAGUCCUAGCGCAGCGGAGGACUCCGAACUGAAGAGAGACCUUUCUCAGUUGGAAGAUAGGUUCCGCCAACUUCGACCGGAAGCCCUGGAAGUGCUCAGGCGUAACGGAUUCGCGAACGAGGCAUUCAAGCUCGCAGAAGAUUACCACGACUUCCGGAGCUUGGCGUCGCUCUGCCACAAGGGCAAGGUGUAUCCUCCAGAGGAGAACCCGAAUGCGGCGCGCAUCGAGACAUACAUCGAGAAGUUCAAGGAGGCGUUCACGACUGAGCUUUACCAGUGGUACAUUGAACAUGGCGAGCUGCGCACGAUGUUUGCUGAGGGGCACAACGAGUACCUCGACGCGUUCUUUGCGGAACACUCACACCCUGGUAUCUCAUGGAUACACGACCUCGGGCGAGGCCGUUACGCAUUGGCCUCCCAAGCUCUGCUCACCGAAGCCGAGCAUGCCCCUGAGUUGGUGUCGAAGCAUCUUAUGCUCAGCAUGGGCAAGCUGUCGCACCUCGCGCAGCUACAUGAGGGUACCAAAGCAAUCAACCAAGAUGUUUUGGACGCCUUCCAUGACGGCCUCGACUUCGUGAGCGUACACGAGACGCUGAUCGACGACCUCAAGUCUGCACUUGCUUCGGUCCGCUCGAGACAGUCGCUCGAGAUGCAGGUUGAAACGAUCACGCAAAAGAAAGCUAGUAACCUCAGCAAUCGUAAAGCCCUCUACAAUGUCUUCAAGUUCCUGGUACGGCAGUUGCUACAAGGCAAGGCUCUCUCAGUCGAGGACAUGGCGGAGAUCCUAAGCCUGAAGGACAACUAUGAGCGUGUCGAAGAUUACACCACCGCGUUGCACCUCCUUGCCCGCGCCGAGAACAUCCCGAGCACAAGAAGACUAAGCGUCUUCAAGAACGUCUGGCGCAGGAUCUACAUCCACGACGACUGGAACCUGAUCCGCCAAACGACGGGCGUGUCCGACCAGGAGCUCAACCAGCGCCUGCGCAGCACCGCGCUCUACGCCGCGCUCCAGGCGGUCGUGCACAAGCGUGGGCGCCCAGAGGGCUACAAGCUCACUCCUGCCGAUGCGCUCGACGUGCCCGCGGAGGACGAGCUCGCGCUGCGCUGGCCGAGCAUGUCGCCCGAGGAGGCGACCGCGAUUGCGCGCGACUACCAGCGCGACAGCCGCACUUUGCGGGAUCUCGACCUGGACGGGAUAUUCCUGAGCAUGGAGCAGCUCGUGAAUGCGGACGAGGGUGUUCCCGGCAGCUCGUAG